AUGGUGAAGGUUUUGCUCCUGUUCCUGUCGACAUGCUCGCUUGUCCAUGUCCUCUUCAUAGCUCAGAGAACAGCAAAGUUGCAUCCUCCGGUCCUUCGCUUGCCCGUGCUCGUUGAGGUGCGGCUCCGUGGGGGUCAAGAUGAAACCGACUGGUGGAACUUUGAGGAGCGGACGUUACAGAGCGACAAGGAGGAAGGAGGAGCAGCAGACAUCUUCCUUUCCGAAUCGAAACCGCCGCAAGGGGAUGUGUUCAUCGCCUCUGCCCAGCCCGAGGAGGAGCAGGAAGGCAGCAUGGAAGCAGCUCCUCACAGCGAGCAAGACGGGCUUGACGUUCAGUGUGCAUGGAUGACCUUCAUCGACAUGCUGCAUCAGAGGAACCUUUGCCAAGAGAUCGUGAGCUGGCAGCCGCAUGACGCGCUAGGUAGUGAGGGGAACGUGGCGGGAGGAGCGCAUCUCCGACGAGCGAUCAAGGCUGCGAGGUCGAGCAACGCUUCAGUCUUCCGCAUCUCACCCCACAAGUACCAGCUGGACUCAACCUGCCGUGUUCGUCUGAAGCGAAGGCUGCGGUACAAGCCGACGAGUGGUCAAGCUCGGUACCUCUCUUGCGUCAGGAGCGAGCUCAACAGGUUUCUCUUCCUCGAGCAUGCAGACCUGCAGCUUUCCGAGCGCGUGCAGCUCGUCGGCAGCUUGUUCUGUGUGGAGGGAGGCCCGUGGGUCUUCUCCUCCUGUGAACUUCGAGCACCCGCAGCCAUCGCCAUGAUCGUCGUCCGCAAGGGGAGGGCGAGCAUGGUUCACUGCUCUGUGAGGGGGGAAGGUUCAGACAAGCCGAUGGAGGAUGGAGUAGUUUGCCGAGAGGAUGCUGUUUUUGCUGCAGAUUUCUGCACUUUUCGCUUCAUCGGGAUCGUCGAAGAGCAGGUCACGCCUCACUUCGAGGUGAUGGGGGGUCGCCAAGAGGUGACCCUGGCAUCAACGUCUGGCACAGUACUCUCGUGCUUCGAUAGGAGCAAGGCAAGAGUCCGAUCCUCCCUAUUCCUUCAAUGCGGAAUCGGAAUCAUCCUCGGGGACUUUGCACAAGUUUCGGUUUCUUCCUCCUCCUUUCACGAGAUGGAUGCCGCGUUUGAAGUCUACGAGGAUAGGAAGGAUUGUUUCCUCUCAGCUCGUCAAGUGAGCGUGUCGCGGGGAGUGCAAGAGAUGUUGGUCAACGACACUGAAUUCCAAGAGUACGAGUGGUUGUCUGAUUGUCAACUGUGGCACUCCGACGAUCGGCCUCCCCGUUUGGAGGAGCAGGACUGCAAUGUUGGGUUCAAAGCGACCUACAUCCACAAAGUGGAAGCGUGGUACGACAAGUUUCUGCAGCUCAUCCUGGAUAUGAGUAGAAUUCGUGCGCACCCGCUUGCUAAGCCAAGAUGGGAAAAGUUCCUGGAAAAGCAUCCAGAUUUCUUGAAGAUCAUGUCGUUUGACAUGACGGAGGAUGAAAUCGAUCAGCACAUGUUCGUUUUUCUGUCUGUUCCUGCUGCUCUUUUGACUGAGAGCAGAAUGGCGGAGUACCCGGAGUUCGAGAGGAUCAAGGAGGAAAUUGAGCGCAACGUCACUCAGCAGGAGCAGGAGCAGAGGAGCAUCGUCUACAACAUCUUUCUCCCAACCCCGGGGCCUCCUGUACCUGGCGAUAUCGGACACUACGAGGUUGACCCAGAGAAGGAGAUCCGAUAUGCUCUUCGUGCUAAGACUUACCUGGAGAGAGAUCCGAGACUUGCACCUCUCAUUCCUCCAUUUCCGGGUGUGGACGAGGAUUACUUCCGUGAGGCAUACAAGAAGCCGAUUGAAGCAGAAGAGGACGCAGUUGCUAAAGCAUUCAAGAGCGAUGAGGACGAGGACGAGGACGAGGACGAGGACGAGGAAUCAGUCCAAGAUGCGAACACGAUGCAAGAUGAAUGA